AUGAGUUUCCUAUCAAAGAUCUCUAACUUAAGAAAAGCCACUCCCGUUGUGCCGCCAAAGCAAGAACCAGUUAGCGAUAAAAAGUCGAAUGAAGAAGAAUACACGAUAUUGCCCCGGAACUAUGUAAGAGAAGAAGAUCCAGCUGUUAGGAGAUUAAAGGAACUAAGGCGGCAAGAACUUUUGAAAAGUGGAGAGCUUUCCAAGAAGGUGCGUGGCCAAAGUAAGCCUGCUCCGACCAGAAGAAGGAAAGAUGAUGAUGAGGGAGGUUCAAUGGGAACCAAGUUUAAAAGGAAAGUAAGACCACAUUCAGCAGGGUCUUCAUUACCUACUACAAAUGCAAAGAAGGCUGAACCUUUAAAAAAGCUAAGUUUUGAUGAGCUUAUGAAGCAAGCUGAGAAUAAUGCCCAGGAGAAACCGAAUGCCAUGAAAGAGCCCUCUCCUGUAAACAGUGGGCCCCAUCGAAUCCCGAAGAGCCAAGGAACAACUCAACAAUAUGUCAAGAAAAUUGGUUUUAAGAAAGGUGCCGACAGACGUAAUAGAAACUCUACAUCACCAGUACCCGAAAUUCCAACUACAAAACCUUAUCGUGAUGAACCAGCACCUAUAAAACUCAAAACAAUGGUAAAUGGAUUUGCCAAACCUAAUGAAAAGCUAAGGCGACAAUUGGAACAGAGAAAACGAACUAUCAAACCCCGGACAGAAUAUGAAGAUGACGGGAGUGACCUUGAUGAUUUCAUUGAGGACGACACUAUGGAAUCAGAGAAUAGACGGCAAUCCCAGAGAGAUACGGGAUAUGACCGCGAUGAAAUAUGGGCUAUGUUCAACAGGGGAAAGAGACGUUCAGAUUAUGCCUUCGAUGAUAUGGAGGAUGACGACAUGGAGGCAAAUGAGAUGGAAAUCUUGGAAGAAGAAGAACAAGCUAGAAGAAUGGCAAGGCUAGAGGACAAAAGAGAAGAACAGUGGUUGAAGAGGCACGAACAGGAGAAGAAACGUCGCAAACGAAUGAAAGAUUAA